ACGGGAGAUGAGAUGUUUGCUCCCUGCCUCAGCAUUCUGACAAUGCCUUGAAAUAUCUUACUUUUGAUCAGUUUAUUUCUGGGCUGAGAAUCACACACAGGCACACACACGGCAGCUAUGGACAGAGCUGGGAGGUCUGACAGUUAGACAGCUCUCUGCACAGACACCCACAUUACUCCCCAUUUUCAAUAAGCUCUGCAGGGGGCUCUCAUUCUUCCUUGGGAGUGUGUGUGUGUGUAAUUUCAUCCUGACGACUCCAUGGAGAAAGUCCAAGGAGAGAACGACACGGAGAGGUGGGAUAGGCUGGAAGAGAUUACGGAGAGCGAGAGAGGUAUUAUCAAGGAGACCUGGGCACGCGUGUACGCCAACAGUGAGGACAUCGGGGUGGCUAUCCUGAUCAGGUUCUUCGUCAGCUGUCCCUCUGCCAAGGAGUAUUUCAGCCAGUUCAAGCAUAUGGAAGAUCCGCUGGAGAUGGAAGGCAGCGUACAGUUGCGUAAGCAUGGCCGACGAGUGAUGGGUGCAGUCAACAGUGUUGUGGAAAACCUAGAAGAUGCAGAAAAGCUGACUACAGUCCUAUCAAUUGUGGGGAAAAGCCACGCACUGAAGCAUAAAGUGGAUCCUGUGUAUUUCAAGAUCCUGACUGGGGUGAUGCUUGAGGUGAUUGCAGAAUACUACGCCAAAGAUUUCACCCCUGAAGUACAGCUAGCUUGGAACAAAGUACGAAACAACAUUUACACUCAAGUACAGGCAACAUACAAGGAGACGGGCUGGAAGCAGUAAAUCCAUGUGAGCCAACUAAUCACCAAGAGAGGACCGAGCCAAGGACUUCAGAUCACCCCAACCUGGGGCAGUUGGAGUGCAG